AACGACGACGCAGUUAGACGGAUUGAAACACCGUUUAUUUCAUUUCACAUCCUUUACUAUUGCUUUUGUUUAUUUACUUGUUAAUAUUGACCUUUGGCGUCAAUCAUGGUUUCCGUGGACAGAAACAAAAAUGUGCAGGAGGUUUUGGAUGCUUUGAAGUCAGAAUAUGAUUUGCUUAAUAAAAAUUCGUCAAGUACAGAAAGUCAUGCUGAUAAUUAUGAAACUUCAAUGAUUUUAUCUCAAAUACAAGACAUCGAGGAUUUUCGUAAGACUUUAGAUGACAUGAUUGAAAAACAGAAAGCCAUACGCGAAACAUAUGAAAAAGAGGUAAAUGCAAUCAAACAUGAACUCGAUGCUUUAGGUGUUGAUGCUUUUAACUCUACAAAACCGUCAUUUAACGAGCGUGUUAAUAAAGAUGCCAAAUCUUCUCAACCCCCUACUACUUCGAAACCACACAAUACCGUUGAUGCUAAUAAAAUUCCCUCUAUACAACCUUAUCCUUCUACCCAGCAACCUGGCUUUCUUCUUGAUCCGGCUCAUGAAUCUUCUUCCAAUGUCCCCGUCGCAGCGGCAACGGUCGGUGAGCAUACGAAUAUGACUCACCCUGGACAACAAGCGCUCCUGGGUAGUAAUGUAACGAAUGCUUCUGAACCGUCGGUUUACGUUUCUCCUAUUUCCUAUACCGACAACCCCGUUCCUCCUCAUACAGUAGUCGCUGGAAACACCCAUAUGAGUGGUUUACCUGGCUACUAUGUCACAAAUCCCGAGCAACAAAAACAACAGGCUUUUCCAAUUCAGACACAAGACGUUCAAAAUCCAACAAAUAACAUAGCUCAAUAUACAGGCAAGCCAGCAUAUCAAGAACAUGAGCCCCAUAUUAAAGAAGUAAAUCAAGCUUCUGCUUAUACGCACAAAAAGUCACAAUCCCCCAGUUGGUACGUCACUUAUAAUCCAAGCUGUCGAAGAUUAUUCAACAUAAAUCUUGUCCAUACUCUAGAGCAUCCUAGUGUUGUUUGUUGCACUAAGUUUAGUCAUAAUGGUAAAUUUUUAGCUACUGGUUGUAACCGUGCUACCAAUAUAUUCGAUGUUCACACCGGUCAGAAGCUUUUCACUCUCAACGAGGAUUCUCCAGAUCAAUCUCGUGAUUUGUACGUCCGUACUAUUGCAUUUAGUCCUGAUGGAAAAUACUUAGUUACUGGUACCGAGGAUCGCCAGAUUAAGCUAUGGGAUCUUGCUACCCAAAAGGUUCGUUUCCUUUUCUCCGGUCAUGAACAGGAUAUUUACUCUCUCGAUUUCAGCCACAAUGGUCGUUUCAUCGUUUCUGGAAGCGGUGAUCAUACAGCAAGGUUAUGGGAUGUGGAGACUGGACAAUGUAUUCUGAAGCUGGAGAUUGAAAAUGGUGUAACAGCGAUCGCCAUUUCCCCGAAUGACCAGUACAUUGCGGUCGGCAGUUUGGACCAAAUUAUCCGGGUUUGGUCCGUUUCUGGAACUCUAGUUGAGAGACUUGAAGGUCAUAAGGAAAGUGUUUACUCCAUCGCAUUUUCUCCAGACAGUAAAAUUUUGGUUAGUGGAAGCCUUGAUAAGACAAUCAAGGUCUGGGAAUUACAGUUCCCCCAGUCCGUUGGUCUUUCUGCUAUAAAGCCCGACGGUGUUUGUAAAGCUACUUACCAUGGUCAUUCUGAUUUCGUUCUUUCUGUUGCUGUUUCGCCAGACAAUCGUUGGGCCCUUAGCGGUUCAAAAGAUAGAAGCAUACAGUUCUGGGAUUUACAGACUGGACAAUCUUACUUAACAUGCCAAGGUCACAAGAAUUCUGUUAUAUCUGUUAGCUUUAGUCCAGAUGGCAAACAGUUUGCUUCUGGAAGUGGUGAUUUACGAGCCCGCAUUUGGUCAAUUGUACCCGCUAGUCCAUGAAAUCUGCAUGCCUAAAACAUCCCUUAUUGAUCUCUUGUUUCUCAAAGGUAAAUGAAAGCUCUACUUCGUCCUUUUUAUGAUGAAGGCAAUAAAAGGCUACGGCUAAUUACUUACGAUAACAUGUCAACUGUUUUGGAUGGAAAUCCUUUGUUUUUCAAGAACAGUUCUGUAUAUUACUAUUUUGUAACUAGUUAGCUAGCAAUGUAUAUAAUUUUUGGUUUUAAAAUGCUUAUGGAAAUUUUAAGUGGGACUAUUUG